AUGACGUCGUUCUCCGGGAAUGAGACUCCCCUCGAGGUGGACGAUUGGUUAGAGGAAAUCGUAGGUAUGACAACUCUAAAUCGUUGGCCGUUCGAGUACGUGCUGCAGUACGUCCGAAUGCACUUGACCGGUCCGGCGAAAGAUUGGUUUUCGGGUCGUGAGUUUGCUACUGACUGGCUGUUCGAACAGAAAUUCAGGUUAGUUUUCGUGCGUGACGCGUGUGCGGCUGACCGUGUGGACGAAAUGCGUGCUCGGAAGCAAGGGCCGACCGAAUCGUUAAUCGCUUAUUUACAACCUAAACUCCGAAUGUGCAGGGGUAUAGGACAUUCAUUCGAAGUGUCCAAAGAUUAUGUUCUUCGCUGGCUGAGGUCUAAAGACAUGGCUUUGUGCGCUGUCGGAAGGGUUCACGCAGGUGAGGAAGAAUUACUGAGUGACUUAUUGAAUUGGGAACGCAUGUGUGCAUUGCAUGCGCCCACGACUGCGUCAAAGUAUGUCGCCCCGCAAUUAGCGAAGGCAAUACCUGCCCGUCCACUUCCUAAGAAGAAGGCUGAUGAGUCCGGCAGAUGGAAGAAAGUUGAUAAGACGGCCGACGGGUCGAGCGGGACCCGCGAGGAUGCUUCCCCCGCCAGCUGCUGGGUAUGCAAGAAGAAGGGUCAUUUGUCGCAUGACUGUCCUGACAAGUUGAAACGGAAACCCGUGUGUUUCGGUUGUGGGGUUGAGGGACACAUACGAAACAACUGUCCAGAAAAGGACCAGACGAAUGUGGCCGAAACAAGACCAGCGACAUUGAGUCAUCCUUAUAAGAAGGUUAGUCUAGUCAAUGGUAGAGAGGUGGAAGUAUUGUUGGAUACUGGAAGUCAUCACUCUCUCAUUAAGGCUAGUGUUGCUUUAGCGUGCGGCUUACAUGUGAGGCCCUCCGGGCGUCCACUUUAUGGGAUUGGUAGUACGACUGUGCCGUCUGUAAAUUCGGUUGGAGAAAUUGAGUCCGAUGUUGUACUGUAUGGUGUCAACCAAGGAAGGUCGUGGUUGGACCUGCCAUCGGUAGCCUACCAUAAGGCGCAUGGACACCUGUAUAUUUACGCCGCGGAAUCAAGUAAUAGUAGUUUUCCGGUAGGGGUCACUAGCCACGCUAAGGAAGCUGACUACCUACACGUUGUAGAAGUGAGCUGUGAUCCGCCAGUUCAGCAGUCAUUAGAGCUGAGCGACUUUGAAUUUGUUAACCCUGAGGUCACGCCGGAAGAGAGAGAUAACCUUUUAACCCUCGUCAAUGAGUUCCGGGAUUGUUUCGCUAAGAGUUUAGAUGAGCUCGGCUGUACGCCGAUGAUGAAGGUUGACAUCAAGGAAGUACCGGGAAGUUUUCCUGUUGUCUGUCGACCUUACAAGACAACCCAAGGUGACCGCGAGGAAAUACAUAAGAUUGUCUCGGACUGGAAGAGGUGUGGUGUGGUCAGCGAGACUACUUCACCGUAUGCAAGUCCUGUACUGUUAGUCAAGCAGGCCGGUAAGAGCCGGUUGUGUGUGGACUACCGCCGCCUUAACAAACAAACUGUGCGUCAGCAUUAUCCUCUUCCCGAUAUGAUGGAGCAAUUAGAGUCGUUGGCUGACAGUAAGUUAUUCGCUCAGCUUGAUUUGGCGAUCGGGUAUUUACAAAUUCCACUGACCAAGGAGGCGUCCCAAAAGACAGCGUUUAUUACUGCGGAUACAACUGGUGAAUUCAACCGAAUGCCGUUUGGGCUGUCGCCGAAUUCACUCGACUUAUGCAACGAGUGUUAG